AUGUUGAGGACACAAAUUCAGAGUUUGCGUUCGUUAAAUAAUUUACGUUCAUCGUUGGGUGGUGCUGCAACAGCUGCGGGAGGUCAAAGAUGGCAACAUACACAAGGAAAACCCAAAGACUAUGACUUGGUCGUGGUUGGUGGCGGCAUUGUCGGUACGGCAUCUGCCCGGGAAAUAUUAAUGCGUCAUCCGUCCCUUAAAAUUGCCGUUGUGGAGAAGGAACACAAAUUGGCAUUCCAUCAAAGUGGCCACAAUUCGGGUGUAAUUCAUGCCGGCAUUUAUUACAAACCUGGAACGUUAAAGGCAAAACUAUGUGUGGAGGGUUUACACUUGGCCUACAAGUAUUUGGAUGCCAAAGGUAUUCCCUAUAAGAAAUGUGGCAAAUUAAUUGUGGCCACCGAUGAAUUGGAAGUAUCACGUCUUAUGGAUUUACAUGAACGUGGUCUGAAGAAUAAUGUACCUGAUUUGCAGCUGAUUGAAGGUUCCAAAAUCCAAGAAGUUGAACCCUAUUGUAAGGGUGUCAAGGCCUUGUGGAGUCCUCAAACUGGUAUUGUUGACUGGGGUUUGGUAACGGAACAUUUCGGUCAAGAUUUCAAACAAGCCGGUGGUGAUAUUUAUUUGGAUUUCAAAGUAAGCAAAUUUGAAGAAUCUAAGAAUGAAGGUUCCUCCGAAUACCCUGUCACAAUUCGUGGUGAUCGUCCUCAUCAAGUGAUCAGAUCUCGCAAUGUCCUCACCUGUGGUGGUUUACAAUCGGAUUUAAUUGCCGAAAAGACCGGCUGCCCACCCUCCCCACGCAUUAUACCCUUCCGUGGUGAAUAUUUACUGUUGGCCAAGGAAAAAUGUCACAUGGUUCGCGGCAAUAUUUACCCAGUACCUGAUCCACGUUUCCCCUUCCUUGGUGUCCACUUUACACCACGUAUGGAUGGCAGUGUUUGGCUCGGCCCUAAUGCCGUCUUGGCUUUCAAACGUGAAGGUUACAGAUGGGGUGAUUUGAAUCUAUUGGAAUUGUUUGAUGCUCUUCGCUAUCCUGGUUUCCUUAAAAUGGCCUCAAAAUACAUUGGCUUUGGUCUUAAGGAAAUGAGCAAAUCUGCAUUUAUACCAUUACAGGUUAAGGAUUUACAGAAAUUUAUUCCUGAAAUUACCGAAUACGAUGUUAGACGUGGCCCAGCCGGUGUUCGUGCUCAAGCUUUAGAUAUGGAUGGUAAUUUAGUGGAUGAUUUUGUUUUUGAUCGUGGUGUUGGUGCGGGUUCUCUUGCAACAAGAGUGCUGCACUGCCGUAAUGCUCCCUCGCCUGGUGCUACCAGUAGUUUGGCCAUUGCUAAAAUGGUUGCCGAUAAAAUUGAACAUGAAUUUGGCAUUGGAAAGUAGUGUG